AUGGAGAAUAAUAAUGAAUCGGGUGUGGUGAUGCAACGAUACGAAAUCGAGAGAUUACUAGGCCAAGGUAAGUAUGCAAAGGUCUAUUAUGCAAGGGAUAUUGAAACAAGUCAGAUUGUGGCCAUCAAAGUGAUAAACAAAGAAAAGGUUUUAAGCAAUAGGUUUAAGGAUCCUAUUAUGAGAGAAAUAUCCGUGAUGCGUAUGCUAAAACAUCCGAAUAUUAUAGAGCUUUAUGGAGUAAUGGCCAACAAAACUAAGAUAUACUUCGUAAUGGAAUAUGCUGAAGGGGGCGAACUUUAUACAAAGGCUAUUACACGACGGGUAGGACUCAAUGAGAAUGUUAUUCGAAAGUAUUUCAGGCAGUUGAUUAGUGCUGUUGAAUUUUGUCAUAGUCGGGGAGUUUAUCAUCGCGAUUUGAAAUUUGAAAACUUGUUGCUAGACGAGAAUGACAAUUUGAAGGUUUCGGAUUUUGGGUUGAGUGCUUUAGAUAAUUCGAAACGACAAGAUGGUUUGCUUCAUACAAUUUGUGGCACCUAUCCAUAUAUUGCUCCUGAAGUUAUGAGCACUAAAGGCUAUGAUGGGGCUAAAGCCGAUAUUUGGUCAUGUGGGGUGGUUUUAUUCGGUCUCUUGGCUGGUUAUCUCCCAUUUGAAGAUUCAAGUGUGAAUGAGAUGUAUCGAAAGAUUGGUAACGCAAAAUAUAAUUACCCUAGCUCAAUUUCUAGAAAUGUACGCCACCUACUAGAAGAGAUGUUGAAUCCGAACCCUGAUAAAAGAAUCACAAUUGCUCAAAUUAAGGAGCAUAUUUGGUAUACGAAGAGACCGUCUCCUAAACCUGUGGAGUCUUACGGUGAUCCAGGUGCGUCUACAAGUAGCGCUGUCAAUGAAGAAAUCAGGCCAGACGAUAUCAAACUUCCCGGCUUGAAUGCAUUUGAUAUAACCCUUUCAUCUAGUUUGGAUUUAUCUGGCUUAUUUGUAGACUCGGAUUUUAAGAAAGAAACAAGAUUUUUUUCUCGCAUAUCUGCUUCUAUCAUAAUCGCUAAGCUUACCGAAACUGCCAAAACUUUAAAGUUCAAAAUAAGGCGGAUGGAGAAAGGGUUAUUCAAGCUUGAAGGCGCUACCAAAGGAAGGAAAGGUACCUUGACUAUUGAUGCACAGAUAUUUGAAGUCGCCCCUGAAUUUCAUUUGGUUGAGAUGAGCAAAGCUGACGGCAAUACUCUAGAAUACCAUAAACUGCUUACGGAAGAUGUAAGGCCUGCUCUAAAAGAUAUCGUUUGGGCGUGGCAAGGUGAGCAGCAGCAACAACAACAACAAGGAGAACAGCAGUCUGCAUUAUCUAUGCGAAAUAAGCAGCUGCAGCGAUCUUGUUCAUGUUUUCGUAGGAGAGCGCCUGUUAACACUUAACUCGACAUAUCCUUGCGAGUUGCGAUAUAUGUUUACCUUUGAUAUACCUGUGCUGUGAUUCAUACUGUAAGAUGAAAUGUUGGGAUGCUUGCUGUGUUGCAUCCUCAUGUUGCUGUCG